GUCGUGUGCGGUCUGGUAGGAAAAAAAUUGAAGAAAAUGCAAUAGCUCUAGGAGACAGUGUAUCAUGGUAUAGUUCAUUAGUAAAACAAGUCUUACGUAAUAAAAAUGGGAAACAAAGUGUCAGCCGAAGCUGGUCUGAAUACUCAAAGAGUAGAAAAUGAUAAAAAUGGUCAGCCUCCUCCGGAGUGCCCUAUGCACAACAAAUUAAAUAAUACACCAGAUACCGUGCAACACAGCAGUGAUAGAGCUGAUUCUAAGAAGCCUUCGGAUUGUCCAGUUCAACAUGGAAAUGACAUCAACCCAUAUAAUAUGAUGCCAGCAGCAAAUCAGCAACCAUCUCCGGACCAGCCAUUUUCAUUGCCUACAAAUAGACAGGUUUCAUCAAUCCCAAGAGCAAUGCCAGAUGGUUCUACCGAGUUCUGGGUAUAUCCCAGCCAGCAAAUGUUUUGGAAUGCAAUGUUGCGUAAAGGCUGGAGAUGGAAAGAUGAGGAUAUUAAGCAGAAAGAUAUGGAUGAUAUUAUCCACAUUCACAAUGCUAAUAAUGAACAAGCUUGGCAAGAAGUUCUGAAAUGGGAAGCACUGCAUGCAAAGGAGUGUGGACACCCUCGCCUUAAGAGUUUUGGCGGAAAGGCUACUCAGUACAGUCCCAGAGCCCGUUUUCGUUCUCUAUUGGGGUAUGAAUUACCAUUUGACCGUCAUGAUUGGAUUGUCGAUAGAUGUGGGCAAGAAGUACGCUAUAUAAUUGAUUAUUAUGAUGGUGGAGAAGUUGACAAUAAAUAUCAAUUUGCUCUGUUGGAUGUCAGGCCAGCAUUUGAUUCUUUUGAGAAUGUCUGGGAUAGAAUGAAAGUGUUUUAUAUGAGAUAUCGUUAUGAACUCAUUGGUAAUAAAAAAAGUUCUGAACUAACAAAUUAAAACUAUAGCAUGCAAUGAAAAAAGAAAUAAUGCAUUAAUAUUUGUUUUGUGGAGUCCAUCUGUCGACUUUAAUGUCACUGAUGGAACUCUUUGUGAUUGUAUUUUGGUGUUUUAAUAUAUCAUAUGAAUUACAAGUUUGCUUAGUUGUUUAGUAAAAUUGUGAAUAAUCUUCAAUUUCCCACCUAUAAAAUCUCUUUCAUUGUUUAAAUAUGUCCAGAUUAUGUUAUUUACCCAAAUGUCAGUUUAAAGAAAUUAUACCUGUCUGC